AGGGGAAAGUACUAGAAGUGAUUGUGUCAUAAAAUAUCAACAGUCAUAGUUAAACCAUCCUAUAAAUACCCCUGUUCCUAAAGUGAUAGCUGAAUAAGUGUCAUAUUUGGGGUUUUUUCUGUCGCCAACCAAAUAAGGAAUUAGGGUUUUACACAGUGCCUACCUUUUUCCUCUUCGAUUUUCUUCAAUCAAAUCUAACAUCAUGAGUCGUCAUCCUGAGGUUAAGUGGGCACAGAGAGUAGACAAGGUCUACAUCACAGUGCAGUUGGCUGAUUCCAAAGAUGCUAAAGUCGAUCUUACUCCAGAAGGUGAUUUUAUCUUUUCUGGCAGUGCUGGAGCUGGUGACAAUCAGUAUGAGCUGAAACUGGAGCUCUUUGACAAGGUUAAUGUAGAGGAGAGCAAAAUCAAUGUAGGAGUGCGAAGCAUAUUCUGUGUAGUGCAGAAGGCGGAGAGUGGAUGGUGGAAGAAGUUGCUGCGUGGAGAAGGCAAGCCUCCACAUUAUGUGAAAGUAGAUUGGGAUAAAUGGGCUGAUGAAGAUGAGGAUGAAGCUGGUGAUGUGGACAUGGGAGGAAUGGAUUUCUCGAAAUUUGGCGAUGAUGGAAUGGGAGGCAUGGGAGGCCUGGGUGGAAUGGGAGGCUUGGGUGGAAUGGGAGGCCUUGGCGGAAUGGAAGGAUUGGGAGGAUUGGGAGGAAUGGGAGGACUAGGAGGAAUGGACUUCUCUAAAUUUGCUGGGAUGGGUGGUGAUGCAUUGGAUGAUGUUGACGAAAGUGACGAUGAAGAUCAAGAGGUGUCGAAGCCUGGAGAACAAGCUGCUACUGAGCAUGAUGCUGUCAAGAUAGCUGGUGAGGCAGCCACAGAGAGUAAAGAAGCUACUCCAAGCACAUAAUAACCUUGCAGUGCAAGAUUUCAAGAUGCUUAUAAAGAUUGUCUGAGUGAAUUUUUCCUCUAUGUACCAUUCGGUGGUAGUUUAAGUGGGAGACGUUUGUGUCCUCUUUGCUUUGUUGACUUAACCGUAGGAUAUUGUAUAAUUGAGAUUUAUUUAAUGCAUGAAUGAAUGGCGGUGAUUUGUUUCUA